AUGGACUCCGAGCGAAAGAGGAACUCGCUAUCAGGAGUUUCGAGAGAAUUGGUGUUGGUGUUACCAAAGAGGCACAGAAGAUCUUCGACGCAUUGUCUAAGACAUUCUAGGCUUCCUGUAAAGUGGGAGAAGAAAGACAUUCUGGUGAUGGGAGAAGUGCGUGUUCGUAGCCCUUACGAUUCUGAUUGCGUCGCUGGAGGAAGUAAUGCUGCUAAUAACCGAGUCAAGAAAGUGCUGAAGAUGGAGAGAGAGAAGUUGCAGCUCAGUAGUGGCACAGGAGGCAACUGA